AUGAAUGAUUUUGACGAUGUCUUACGCCUGAGAAGAUGCUGUCGUCGCAUGCACGAAAUAGUCAAUGUACAGGAAUAUCGCAGUACCAUUUUAGCGGCAAUCCUGAACAAUCUCGAUGCCACUUGGUUUUCGACCGUGGAUGCUAUUGAGGCUAUAGCGAAGCAAAUCCCGAAUCAUAACCAAAAUAUUCAUGAUGCAGUCUUGAGAUGGCAAAGCCUGAAAGCCCUACAACAAGCAGAGAGCACUUUUGAACCAUUCGAAGAGGAUUAUGAAGAAUUAGUAGAAGCGCUGAGAAACGACGACGCCAAUUACUACGGCCUGCCGCUGAUAUGGGCAGCAUCAAGGGGAAUUGAACCAUUGGUCCUGAUGAUGCUCAACGAGGUUGAGGAUGUGAAUGCAAUCGGUGACGUUGAGGGAACACCCCUGGGGCUUGCAGCAAAAAACGGUCACCAACGAGUUGUGCGAAUGCUGCUGGAUAAGGGAGUCCAACCGGAACAAAAAGACCAAUUGAUUCGCAUGACCCCUUUGGCGUGGGCUGUUCUCUAUGGCCAUGCUGACAUAGUAGACCUUCUACUAGACAGGGGUGCCGAUAUAGAAUCAAGAGAUCGGGGUGGAAUGACUCCCUUGUGCUUCGCGGCGCACAACGGGAAUGUGAUGCUGGUAAAGAAGUUAUUGGAGAAUGGCGCGCAAGCUAUGACCAGGAUAUCAAACGGCCAAACCCCGCUUCAUAUUGCAGCGAGCCGACGCAACGAGGAAGCUCUCUCCAUUUUGCUAGAGCAUUGCUCGUUCCACGACUGUCAGGAAAUACUUACUAGUCGUGACGAGGACUAUGGGGCCACACUUCUGCAUGAGAUUUGCGGAGCGAGCUGUAACGUCAGCUUCGUGAGGCAUUUGCUGGCUGAGGGAGUUCAGCCAUGUGUUUUCGAUUCCAGAGGGACAAGUCCAUUGACGAGGGCCUUGCGCAACGAUGUUCCUCCCCCCGUGACUGAAGAUGAAGAUGAACUGUUCGAGAAAGUUAGGCUACUGUCUAAGGAUGCUGCUGUGAUUUUAACCCCGACAGACCGAUACGAGAAGACCUCACUGCACCUGGCUGCCGAACGGCCAGACCCCAGGAUAAUGAUCUGGCUUCUGGAACACCAAGGACGCUCUGGUUUAAAUCAACCGGACGCUUUUGGCAACACCCCUCUGCUCGUGGCACUGCGUAAGAACAACACAAAAGUGAUUGAGAGUCUUCUGAGCUUGCCAGAUAUCGAUCUGAAUUGCCGGCAAUACGAUGGGCAAACAGUACUUCAUAUGGCUGCCCAGAGGUGCACGCCAAUCGAGAUAUCGAGCCUGCUGAGACUGAAUCCGGCUUUGUUGAAUGCCGUUGACGAGGAUGGCAGAACACCCCUGUUAGAGGCUUUUCGGGCUCGUCAACUGGAGAACUGUGAGUAUUUAUUGAAAAAUAAUGCCGACAUCAGCAUUGCAGACAACUUUGGCCAGGAUCCUCUUCGUUGGGCCACACAGGAGACGAAGGAGAUUAAAUUCUAUGAGCUUCUGAUGGACAGGGACCUUGUUUCCCUUGACCACCAAGGAAACACUCUUCUCCAUAAUGCAGUUCGCGGACAUUCAAUUCAGAGAGUUACCAAUCUCUUGGUGUCUCCUGAUAUCAACUUGCGCAACCAAAACGAGCUUGGAGAUACCGCAUUGCAUACCGCUGUACAGAAUGGAACUCAUGCAAAAACAGAGGAAAUCAUCCAAGUGCUUUUACAAGCUGAUAAAAUAUUCACUCUCGCCCGCAUCCCUAACAAUAGCGGUAAAACUGCUCUGGAUUUAGCACUUGAGAGAGGAAGAGAAGACAGCAUUGAAAUUCUUGUGCAACCCAGAUGGAAUUCCACAGCUGGACUCGAAUGGGAUUCAGAGUCUAUUUGGAUCCAGAAAUGGUCCGAUCAGCCCUGGUACUCAGAUCUACUCCGCAUCAUUGGCGCAGCAAGAUUCGACCUUGCAGCCCAAACGCAGCUGCUGGUUGAUCAAUGCGGCGGCCCGCCUUUGACUAUCUCCAGGAAAGAUCCACAAAUGUUCGAGUGGAGAAAGUUCGUAGAUGUGCCGCCAUACCUUUCUGUCCCAAUCCCCCCAGGUCAUCCUUCUCCUGUUCGGCGGCUCGUCUUCACUAUGGUAUCCUAUGAUCAAGGAUUAAGCGAUCGGAAUCCCGUAUUUGAAAGACUUGAGGGCAACUACUGUGGCUCCAGGACAUGGUUUGAAGUUUGUAUUAGUAAAUCGUCCCAGGCCGAUCAGGUAAUCUCAAGCCGGGAGGUCCAACGCAAUAUCUACAACAGUUCUCAGCCUAGGCAACACACAGUGAUCUGGGAUGUUCGAGAUCCAACUCCAGGACUCAAAGAAUGGCUUCGCAGUGUUGAGGGAGGGGACAUUCUCCAUAUUAAUCCUAUGGCUUCUCACUGCGAAUGGUGGAAUUGUGUCCAGGAGGUCACUGUUACGGUUUUCUAUGAGAGGUCCUAA